AUGAUCACCUUGUGGCCAAAAUUCUCACUCGUCGACAAAAUAACUAAGAUUGACGUAGUUCGACUGAAACCAGUGCAGAAGAUUACACUGGGGGUACGAGUCGUUGGAGAUAGCGGGCAAAUGUUCGAUUCACACGCUCACUUCAUUGCUACCUAACAUGGCCAGAUUGAUAUUUGUAGUCAACCGUCUGUUGGUGGAUCUUACCGCGGAGUUUCAGCUAUGGGACUCUUAUGGAGCAUGAAACCAUCACCUGGGCAGAGAAAAGGAAUUCGAAUGGUAAAAUCUGAUGUCACCAAACCUUACAAAGUCGUCUUGGACUGUUUUGAUAGCCAUACGGAUCCGCAGGAAUCAAGUUCUUUGCAGCCUUUGUCUAGCAAUACGUUUGAGAAGGGGUACAUGGCGGAUGGAGUGAAGAGAAUUCCUGUGAGAGAAGUAAGAAUCCGUGGAACUAUUUUUCUUCCUCCGGGCGAUGGACCUUUUCCUGAACAUUUGUGCACUAACUUGCGUUAUCCCCAAGCAGGACAUCUCAUCGAACCACCCUACUCUCCUCUUUGUGACUUUUCUUUCAGCAAAUCUACUAAAGAAUGGUGUGGUUACCCGUACCUAGCUUGGGGAGGGGAGACUGUUGCGCAUGCCAGAGCACAAGAAGACUGCUGGCCAAAGAUUUUACAUUUUCUGCAAACACAUCUCCAACAAGACACGGAGAGUGAGGAAUAAGAAUACAUACACGCUUGCUAUGUGUUUGAGAACUUUCACAGAUAA